UAUUAUCAAAGGAUUACGAUAUGUUAUUAUUAAUUUAUUAUUCCAAACCAUCAAAAUCUUAAACAAUAUCCAACAAAUAACAAGAGAAGCAUUGUGGUAAGAAUGGCAGGAGUAACACCCGACCCGGACGAAUUUCGGAUAGUAUGCCCACCCAUUAAUAAGGAGGACGGUCGGUUAUCACGUAAAUAUACCGACGAAGGCCAAGGCGCCAAGCGUGGAUUGUCUCCUCCGAUUGAGUGGUACAACGUACCUGAGGGGACAAAGCGUUUGGCGCUAGUGGUCGAGGAUAUUGAUGCCCCAGACCCAAACGCUCCAUUGGUUCCAUGGACCGUUUGGGUCGUGGCUAAUAUCCCGCCCACUAUUAAGGGCUUGCCUGAGGGGUUUUCAAGCAAGCAACAAGAAUUGGGUGGAGAAUUUGAAGAUAUUGUUGAAGGGAAUAAUGAUGAGAAAGUACGGGGGUGGCGAGUGCCCAUGUUGCCUAGCCAUGGACACCGAUUUGAGUUUCGGUUGUAUGCUCUUGAUGAUGAUGUUCAUCUUGGCAAGACGGUGACUAAAGAGAGGUUGCUAGAAGCUAUUGAGAACCAUGUAAUUGGAGAGGCUUCUUUGAUAGCUGUCUUUUAAUCACACAGAUUGUUUGUGUUAUGUUUGUAAAACGUAUUUACUUGCGAGACAUUUUAAUAAAAGUCUAAAUAUAUUAUUAUGUUUUUGGUUGAUUCGGUAGUCUUGCCAUAAUAUUAGCCUCAGAUUGGCUUUUAAAUUUGAUGCUUCGUAUGUGAUGCAUACCCAAUUUAGUGUACGCGAUAAUAUAUCAUAUACAUGUAUGUAUAAGGAAAAACGGUUGAUCGGUCGGAUUUCGUGUCCGAAUAAUUACGGUUGUUUAUUUUUGUGUCCGAAUAAUUACGGUUGUUUAUUUGUGUUCGAUUUUUAAAUAGAUUGGGUCAA